AUGACCGUCACACAUAGCACAGUUGGGAUGUUUCAAAUUUGGGAUUAUGUGGUGUUUGCCUGUCUGUUUGUGGUGUCCUCGGGAAUAGGGGUCUUUUUCGCCGUGAAGGAGAGGAAGAAGGCCUCGUCCAGAGAGUUCCUGGUUGCGGGCCGGCAGAUGACCUGUGGCCCCGUGGCUCUGUCUCUCACCGCCAGCUUCAUGUCAGCCGUCACCGUGCUGGGAGCCCCUUCUGAUGUCUACCGCUUUGGGGCCUCCUACAUCCUGUUUGGGGUCGCUUACACCGCUGUGGUGGUGGCCACUGCUGAACUCUUUGUGCCUGUUUUUUACAGAUCAGGGAUCACAAGCACCUAUGAGUAUUUGGAGCUGCGGUUCUGCAGGCCGGUUCGUGUUGUUGCGACAUUGAUCUAUAUGGUGCAGACGAUUCUGUACACAGGAGUUGUGGUAUAUGCUCCUGCCCUCGCCCUCAAUCAAGUGACUGGCUUCAAUCUGUGGGGCUCCAUAUUUUCCACAGGGAUCGUGUGCACCUUCUACUGCACACUGGGAGGCCUGAAGGCAGUAGUUUGGACAGAUGCCUUUCAGAUGGUGGUGAUGGUGGUGGGCUUCCUUGUCGUGCUGAUCCAGGGGGGCAAGAGUGCUGGGGGACUGGAGGCAAUGUGGGAGACAGCUAAGGCAGGCGACAGACUCAAAGUGUUUGACUUUGACCCGGACCCCCUGAGGCGACACACCUUUUGGACUCUCUCCAUCGGUGGCACAUUCACGUGGCUUGGGGUCUAUGGCGUCAACCAGUCCACAGUUCAGAGGUGCAUCUCCUGCAAGACGGAGACCCAGGCCAGACUGGCUCUGUACCUCAACCUCCUGGGUCUGUUUGUCAUACUGUUUUGUGCCGUGCUGUCUGGCCUCAUGAUGUACGCUUUCUACGCCAGCUGUGAUCCCUGGACGGCACAGAUUGUUUCAGCCCCUGACCAGCUCAUGCCAUAUUUUGUGAUGGAAAUCCUGGGGAAGUUCCCAGGUCUUCCCGGACUGUUUGUAGCGUGUGCGUUCAGUGGAACUCUAAGUACUGUGGCUGCCAGUAUAAGCGCCCUCGCUACAGUGACCUAUGAGGACUUUGUCACGCCGUGGUGUGUGAAUCUCUCCAACGCAGCGAGCACCUGGACCAGCAAAGGACUGUGUGUGCUUUUUGGAGUGGCCUGUACUUCAAUGGCGGUGGUUGCAUCCUACAUGGGUGGAGUUGUGCAGGCGGCGCUGAGUAUCCAUGGGAUGUGUGGUGGUCCCAUGCUGGGAGUUUUUACGCUGGGUAUAAUCUGUCCCUGCACCAAUUCUAAGGGUGCUGCUGGAGGCUUGAUAGCAGGUAUUGCUUUGACCUUCUGGACCGGUAUUGGCUCCUUCAUCUAUCCUGCCCCGUCCAGUCACUCCAGGCCGCUGCCUCUCCUCACAGAGAGGUGCCCUCAGAGCAACUCAUCCAACACUUUUGGCACUGACACCCCACACUUGAAUCUCACCACUCUUUCGGCCAGGUCACCCUUGGCUGAUUCCUGGUACUCGCUGUCCUAUUUAUACCUCAGUGCCAUUGGAUUUAUGGCCACUGUGACUGUGGGCCUUCUGAUUACCUUCUUAACCGGACCCAACAGAGGCGAGGAUGUGAAGCCAUUGCUUAUCCGGCCAGUAUGCAACCUUUGUUGCUUCUGGUCAAAGAAGUACAAGGAAGUGUGCUGGUGUGGAGUCCAUCACGAUGAUGGAAAACAGGCUCUGGAGAGUUUAGACUUGGCCAUAAAACAUGAAAGCCAGCGUCACCAGCAGGACACAAACCAAAAAGUAGUCAGCAGAAAAGACACACCGACGAUAAUGGAGAACACUCAUAACGUGGAGGGAAAAUCCUACAGUAAUGCUGGGUUUGUCAUAGAAACACAAUCCUUUUAG